AUGUCUCUACCCAUCGAAAACUGCACGCCCCGGCUAUACACGAUUGAUAACAAAAGAUUCGUAAUUGGUUCCAUGCCGUUCAUGAUUCCGUUCGACGGUCCUGGAGAGGCCGCCCCCGAGGAAUUCACCCCCAUCGCCCCCGAACCAACCGCCGUCGCCCUCGAACUUAUCCCCAUGGCCCCCGAGCCCAUCACCCCCGAGCCCAUCCGAACCCCUGAGCCCAUCGCCCCCGAGCCCAUCGCCCCUGAGCCCAUCGCCCUUGAGCCUAUCGCCCCCGAGGAACCCACCCCCUUUACCCCUCUUCGACCUCCGCCUCAUCACAAGCGAUGCGGCUCCGCCUUUAGAGGGCCCUCGUUCGGGGACAACAGUCCCAUGGAGCCGGUCCUGGACGAGAACACAAUGCACGCCUUGCAACUCAUUCAACAGAUUGUCGCGGUCACGGGUGACCUCAAGGCUGUCGUGGACAACCGGAACAGUAUCGUCAUGGACCUCGUUCAGGAGGUCUUGUGCAUACUCCAUCCGUGCCAGUGCCUGUUCUCGGUAUACAGGCAGUCCAGGUCGACCCAUCCCCCCUCCGAUCAGGGGAAAGCCAAGUCCAAGUGA